AUGUCCACCGGUUCAUCAUCAAUGGAGAUACCAAAUAAGGCCCUGCAUUGCGCCUCCAGGAUACGUGGGAUUCCUUCUGAGAAAUUCGUUUGGCAAAGAAACUUCCAAGGGAAAUUCGAUUCCUUCCACGGUCAACUCUCAUCCGUGAGCUCGAACGGAACUUCGGCAUUAAGUCCUACGGAUAUUUUUGAAACACCAAGUGCUACCGUGACACCAUUAUCAGGAGCUACCACCACCGCCGUUAGUUUGUCGUCGUCACGAGAUGGCCUGGCAUCUCCAAGUGCCAAUGUCCCCUUCGACAUUCCCACAAAUAGCUACUGUACACCAUUCAUUGACGAUAGGCACAGUGGUCGCUUGACGUUUAUUCGAUGGUCGUCGCGUGCAAGCAAUCGUCCGGGCAAUUGUUGGCGAUCGAAACUAACGGCUGCCUCAAAUACUUGGAAAACGAGUAAAUACUGA